AUGAAAGCAUUAACGUGUGAUGAAAUACGUGCCGCCUUUAUUAAUUUCUUCAAGGAUCGUGAACAUACGUACGUACACUCAUCAUCGGUCAUCCCAUUCGAUGAUCCAACGCUACUGUUUGCCAAUGCUGGCAUGAAUCAAUACAAGCCCAUAUUUUUGGGCACGGUGGAACCAUCGAGUGAAAUGGCGAAGCUCAAGCGAGCGGUAAAUACUCAGAAAUGUAUUCGAGCUGGUGGUAAGCAUAACGAUUUGGAUGAUGUUGGCAAAGAUGUCUAUCAUCACACAUUUUUUGAGAUGCUUGGAAACUGGUCAUUUGGGGAUUAUUUUAAGUUGGAAGUAUGCAAUUGGGCAUGGGAACUGCUGACCAAAGUGUUCGGAAUACCUGGAGAACGCUUAUAUGUCUCUUACUUCGGUGGCGAUGAGAAGAAUGGCCUUACUGCUGAUGAAGAAUGUCGACAGAUAUGGCUGAAUAUCGGAGUUCAGCCGUCACAUAUUUUAUCAUUCGGAAUGAAGGACAAUUUUUGGGAGAUGGGUGAUGUUGGACCGUGUGGACCGUGUUCGGAAAUACAUUAUGAUCGUAUAGGUAACAGAGAUGCUUCACAUUUAGUGAACGCUGAUGAUCCAACAGUUGUUGAAAUAUGGAAUCUUGUUUUCAUGCAGUUCAACAGGGAAGAAGACGGUUCAUUAAAACAAUUACCACGCAAACAUAUUGAUUGUGGUUUAGGUUUCGAAAGGCUCGUUGCUGUUUUGCAAAAUAAAUUAUCAAAUUAUGACACAGAUAUCUUCACACCUCUCUUCAAUGCUAUAUGUAAUGGUACAAAAGUACGCCCUUAUAGCGGCAAAGUAGAUGCUGAUGAUGUCGAUGGCAUUGAUAUGGCUUAUCGAGUAGUUGCUGAUCAUAUUCGUACUAUUUCCAUCGCUUUAUCUGAUGGCGGACGACCAGAUAAUACCGGCCGUGGAUAUGUUUUGCGACGUAUUCUACGUCGUAGCAUACGUUAUGCUAAUGAAAAAUUAUCUGCUCCGCCAGGUUUUUUAUCCUCGUUGGUGCCGACCGUUGUAAAUUUACUUGGGAAAACAUUUCCGGAGUUACACAAAGACCCACUAACCGUUAUCGACAUCAUCAAUGAUGAAGAGAAACAGUUUUUGAAAACGCUUAGCAGAGGGCGCACGCUGUUUCAGAAAGUAGUUGCUGGUCUUCAAGGAUGCAAUAUUCUGCCUGGUGAUGUUGCAUGGCGCCUAUACGAUACAUAUGGAUUUCCAUUAGAUUUAACUCAACUUAUGGCUGAAGAAAGAGGUCUUGUAGUCGACCUGGAAGUAUUCGAAAAAUGCAGACAGGAAGCCGCUGGAAUAUCGGCUGCUCAUGCCAAUAAAAUGCGUGAUACAAUUGAUUUGGAUGUUAAUGCUAUUUCGGAACUAAAAAACAAAAAGAUUCCAACAACGGAUGACUCACUGAAGUACAAAUAUCAUGCUUUGCCUCCCGAAGAUCAGCAAACGAUGUACAGUUUCGAGAAAUGUGAGGGCGUGAUUGUUGCCUUGCGAAAGGAUAAGAUAUUUGUGGACACUUUGCAUCCGGGUGAUUUUGGUGCAUUAAUUCUUGACAGAACUAAUUUUUAUGCUGAACAAGGUGGACAGAUAUUUGAUACAGGUGUUCUCACGAAAGCCGAUGAGGGAAGUGAAUUUAUUGUAAGCAACGUCCAGAUCCGCGGUGGAUAUGUCGUGCUUGUAGGCACUGUAGAAGGGGAAUUAUCUGUGGGCGAUAAAGUAAUUCAAACAAUCGAUGAGGAACGUCGUAAUCUAACAAUGAAGAAUCAUACCGGAACCCAUGUUCUUAAUUUUGCCUUGAGAAAAGUCGUUGGUGAAAUUGAACAAAAGGGUUCAUUGGUUGCUCCAGACAGGCUUCGAUUCGAUUUAACAUCCAAGCAACCUCUAACUCAUGAGCAGAUAAAAAUGGUGGAAGACGAAUCGCAAAGGUUAAUUGAUACGAAUGCGACAGUGUUUGCCGAAAAUGCUCCGCUAACGGAAGCUCGGCAAAUCAAUGGAUUACGAGCAGUUUUCGAAGAGGCUUAUCCGGAUCCAGUGAGAAUAGUGAGUGUUGGAGUGCCUAUCGAAAAACUUUUAAAAAACAAGGAUAGCGAUUUAGCUCUCAACACUUCUGUUGAAUUCUGUGGUGGCACACAUUUACAUAAUGUUGGCGAUAUUGGCAAACUAGUAAUUACUGUGGAAGAGGCUGUUGCGAAAGGCAUUCGACGAGUUAUCGCACUUACGGGACCGGAAGCUUCGCGGGCGAUACAACGCGCUGAUCGUCUGGAACAACGAGUGUUAGAAGCACAUAAUGAAAUAACGACUGACCACACUAUAACUCGGGAUAAAACACAAUUCAAAGCUGCAAUCAAAAGAAUUCUUGAAUUGAUUGAAGAAGUUAAUCAGUCACAGUUACCCUACUGCCGUAAAGAGAACAUUCGAGAAAAAGCGAAAGCACUGCAGAAAUUGUUGGAUAUGCAUAAUCGUGAAGCUAAAGCAGCAAUUGCUGAUAAGAUACAACGUGAAGCUAGUGAACUGGAUGCUUUAUUAAACGAUGAUACUCUAUUCACUGUUCAUAUUUUCAGUAAAGGUGCUAAUGGAAAAAUGUUAGAUGGUGUUUUAAAAUCGAUGAAGAAAUCUCAUGCUGUUAUGGGAUUUUCGGUCAACGAUGAUAUUGGCAAAGUGGUUGUUGCAGCACGAGUUUCGAAGGAUAUUGUAAACAAAGGACUGCAAGCGUCGGAAUGGAUUUCGAAAGUGUGCAAGGUCCUAGAUGGUCGAGGAGGUGGUACAGUAACGCAAGCACAAGCUACAGGGAACAAUACUGAAUUAGUAGAGGAAGCUGCUCAAAUCGCUUUGGAGUUUGCAAAAGUUAUACUUUCUUGA